AUGUCCUCUCAGCGCGCAGAUCUAGCGUGCCGGAUCUUCCCGGAACCCGAUGCAUCCCAAAUCGACCACUUCGACCGCCUCCCGGACUCCCUCCUCCUCCUCGUCUUCAACAAGAUCGGCGACGUAAAAGCCCUAGGCCGCUGCUGCGUCGUUUCUCGCCGCUUCCACUCCCUCGUCCCCCAGGUCGAAAACGUCGUCGUCCGCGUCGACUGCGUCAUCUCCGACGACGACUCUUCUUCCUCCUCCGCCGCCUCCGACAAGUCCCGCGGCCCUUUCUGGAACCUCCUCCGCCUCGUCUUCGGCGGAAUCGUUAAGCCCAUCCAAACCCUCGGCCAGUUUCUCGGCCCCAAACGCCCAUCCUCUUCCUCCCCCACCCCAUCCUCCUCCAUUGCCGUCGGCACCGAUGAUGACUCAGACGCCGGCGUCACGCACCACUCCCCCACUCAGGUCCUCAAAAACUUCAACGAGAUUCGCCUCCUCCGGAUCGAGCUCCCCAGCGGUGAGCUUGGCAUCGAAGACGGUGUCCUCCUUAAAUGGUGUACUGUAUGUCCCAUCGGUCAAUCGGCCAAAGCCAAUCCUCAGGCCCAUUGGUCAAGGUUGGAAAAACUCGUACAUAAAACACCAUCGGUCGAACGACCUGGUAAAUAA